AUGGCUCUCGUCCGGAACCUUCGAGUUACUCCUCAUCUCAACGAGGGGGACGCCAAGCACGGCUAUGUCAGCAUGACCAACAUCGGAACACAUGACAAUUGUCAUCUUGUGCUUGGGACAGUGGAUCAACAGUACAAGCUGGCUUAUGAGCCUGGGACGGCCCUCAUCUUGUUCUUACACAAAGACGCACUCAAAUGGCAGCUGCAGGCUUGA